AUGGUUAUUCCUGAAUGCAGCGCCAUUUGUAUGCCGCCUGCGCGCGCCAAGACCGUCGGGCGGUUCGCAGCCAGAAGCCGGCGUCGCUGGGGCGGGGCCCCGGGGAGCCUUCCUUCCCGCCUACCUCCGCCGGAGAGACAGAGAGAGACGGGGUGGGGAAGAAGAAAGCUCCGUGGGCGUCCCCUACUGCCUCUGCCUCCCGUUCCCCGACGGCGGCGGUGGUUCCUGGGCUGCUCGAGGGGGGAAUUGGGAGCCUCUCGCUCGACUUCUCGCUCUCCGCCCGGCGGCCAGCCAUGCAGUGUCCGGAGGAGGGGAAGCAGCCCUGGGGCGCCUUCGCCGCAGGUGAGCCGUCGGGGCGUCGGGGCGCAGCGGAGCUCGGCGGGCGGAGGCGCCCGUGUCUUUCCGCCGACGGGAGCGUUUCGGACAGGCGGCCUCCGAGCCGGGCGGCGACGGAGGGCCCUCGCUGCUCUCUCGACGGGGCUCCGGGGGACCUGGCGGAGGAGCUGCGCGAGUUCGACGCCGUGCUGGGACGCCUUCUCUCCCGGCGCCCAGGAGCGCCGCUUCCCCGGCGAGGAGCCUCCGGAGCGGCGGAGAAGCGGCGGAGGCGGUAGCGACGCCGCCCAGAAGGAGUCCCUGUUCCACUGCGACGCCCAGGGUGCAGCUUCACUCUACAGAAAUAGUUUCGGUUUCAGUGACGGAAUGCUAAAUUCUCCAGCUGUGUCUACUCCAACAAUAGCUUCUCGCAAAGGAAAGCUUGGAGACACAAAAGAAUUAGAAGAUUUUAUCGCCGAUCUUGAUAGGACCUUGGCAAGUAUGUGAGACAACAGUUUUUGCAUGAAACCGGCCUACAAAAGGAUGAGGUCGAGCCUGGGCUGAUCCUGUUCCAUACGACAGAGACGGAGACCCUCAUCUCCCAAGCGUGCAGCCUGCCGCCUGCUCUUCCACUUUUAACCGUGACGACUCUUGUAACUUUCUCUUCAAGUAACAAAUUUGCUGAUGCCGUACUUUUUCAUAAGAUAUAGCUUAACAUUAAUUUAAAAGUGCUCACGGAAAGAUUUGUAAUUUUAUAGAGCUAAUGUAAAUGCUUUU